AUGCGGCUCCUGACGCACAAUUUGUUAGCGUGUCAUGCGAAAGGCUGUGGCUCAUCCUCUAAUAACUUUCCACUUCAAUUGAGGAACGUGCAGUUGGAGCUUAUUGAGGCCGACUACAACGAAACAUUUUUGAAGGGCUUUCUUCCAAAGCUCGCUUGGCCAGCCUUUGUCUCCACAGCACGACAGCUGGGUGACACAUCCCUCCCUGAAGAUAUGCCAGAUUUCCUAUCGAAAGAGCCUAGUGAGGAGUUUUUACGCACACUUCACCAUGUACUUUUAGAAAUCCAUGUUUCGGAGGGAGAAAUGGUCUGCCCAAAUUGUGAGCACGUCUACCCUAUCCGCAGCGGUAUCCCCAACAUGCUCCUGGCUGAGCAUGAGAUUCCUAAGUGA